CCGACCCGACGCCCUGCAGAUCGGGAACCAGGAUUGGGAGGAAGGCUGGGGAUUCUCGGGUUCCUUCGUCAUGGCCGAUCUUAUCUGGUGCACUUUAGGUCCAGCCACAGGGCCGGUGGGCAGCGGCAGGAUGGAGGCUGAGCGAUUUCUCCUCAAGUGGAACAACCACCAGAGCAACUUGGUCACCGUCUUCGACCAGCUUUACGAGCAGGAGGCCUUCACAGACGUAACCCUCGCCUGCGACGGCAGAACCUUCGCCGCACACAAGGUCAUCCUCUCCGCCUGCAGCCCGUACUUCCAGGCGCUCUUCCUCGGGAACCCCUGCAAGCACCCCAUCAUCUUCAUGCGAGAUGUGCGCGCCGGGGACCUGGAGGCGCUGCUGUCCUUCAUGUACCGCGGGGAGAUCAACGUCCACCAGCAGGAUCUGGCGUCCUUCCUCAAGACGGCCGAGAGCCUCCAGAUCAAGGGCCUCUCCGACUCCUCCGAGAGACACAAGGACACCUCCAAGAUCCUAGAGGCGAUGGAGCGCAAAUUCUGCUCCCCGAGCGUUCAGCAGAACCCCCUCCACGUGGCCUCGCCGCCUUCGGGAAUCCCCAUGUCCAUCGGCAGCUCGACGAUGGGCACGCCCUCGGCCAGCACGCCCACGGCCCCCACAGUCACCAGCUCAGAGUCCCCGACGCCCCCCGCCAAGAAGUUCAAGACCCUGGACGACUUGCCGAGGAUCCUGCCCAAGAUGAAGCCCCUCUCGACGCCCGCGGGCUUGGUCACGCCCGUGCCGGGUCUCCUCACGCCCAUCACACUCGCUGCUACGGUCAUGAAGAACGCCGCCCACGCCGCCCACGUUGCUCAGAUCGCCCACACCAGUCCGCCCACGCCAGAGACGACAAACUCUUCCCCUACAACAGACUCCUCCACGCCGCCCAAAGAAAGAAAAAAGGUACCACAGAAUGUGAUCGAGUUAGACCGGGCGCAGGACGACUCCAAGACCACUUUCAUUGAAGGAUACAUCAGCGGCGACUCCCCGCACCCCGUGUAUCUGGUCUCCAGCGUCGGGGGCUUGGCGGCCACCGUCACCUCGGGCAACUCGACGCCUUCCCACGAGGUCAAGGUCGAGGAGGAGGACCCGCUCGACGACAACAACUCCUUCAGCGACGACCCCAACUCCGGCAUAGGGGAGAGUGAGGACGGAUCCUUGAUGUUGAGAAGUGGACGGAUGGAAACCCCAUCGUCUUUCUCCUUUUUAAGCAAAAUCAAAAUGGAGCCCGAACCGUUUCUGAGUCCAAUAUCAAGUCCUCCUCGAGAACCGACUCCGCCUCCGAGCCCAGACCCAUCGCCCAGGCCCUUGGCGUUCCCUCGAGGCAGACCCAUGUGCUGGACGAGUCGCCACUUCGAGGAGACGGACCCGCUGGACGCCCCCGGGCCUUCGACGUCGAGCGGACCCCCUCCGAGGGUGCGCGACUACGACCAGUACCAUGAGGACCCCCACGACCUCGACAGCAGACUCCCGGGUCCUACGUUCUCCCCGGGGGUCCUCCGCGCCCUGCCCUUCAGCGGACCGGCCUGGGCUGCUCUUGACCGGAUAACGAAACGGAGUCGCGAUAUCCUCGACGACCCGGAGGCUGUGAAGGAUUUGUUCCACAAGGUCAAGGAGCAUCUUCGUCGCCAGAACAACCAGACAGAGGCCGCCGCGACAACUCAUACCGAUCAUACGUACAUUGCGCAGGGGAAUCAGAAAGUGGUUCAGCAGUAUAAGUGCGACAAAUGCAACAAAGUGUUUGCCAAAAAUCGUCGUCACAGGUACAUAUCGCAUAUUCGAACUCAUACGGGUGAGAGACCGUACAAGUGCAGUGUCUGCGGCAGAGGCUUCAACCGCCAGGAUCAUGUACAGGUGCACAUGAGACUCCAUACGGGAGAAAAACCCUUCCAGUGUAAGAAUUGUGGAGUAUCAUAUGCUCAUAAAGUUUCCUUGAAGAGCCAUAAAUGUGAACAAAAGCAGAAGGCUAAAUCAGAUGGUGCAACCUCAAAGUCCGAAGGUAAGUCUCCGUCAAAGACUCCCACCCCCGAUCAGGCCCCAGAUAACGGUAACAAAGCGGCAUCAGAGCAGGAGGCCAACCUUGUACCUCACGACAAAAUGAAACCAGGAAGCAACGGAGCUGACUGCAUGAAGAAUAAUGAACCAGCUUUAUCUACGGAAAACAAACCCCAAGCUAGUGAAAUAGUUUCCACUUCCUCGCCACCAAACCAAGCUAGUGAAAUAGUUUCCACUUCCUCACCACCAAAACAAUCCUGUAUGCUCGAAGGGGAUUCAAAAGACGGUUGCUCCUUGAAGUAUUAUAAAGACAGUGAAAUGAAUUCGAGUGAUAAGAGCCAUAAAGACGUUAAAAAGGAUGAAGAUCAAACACAGGUGCAUGAGGGAGAAGCCUUGCGGUUGAAAUCCCCAGAGCAAGAACAUAAUGAUGAGAAAAUUUUCGUGAAAGAGGAAUCUCCCAUGGAAGAUGAAGCAGGAACGGCAUCUCAGCAACCCGAGAGGGAGGUCCAUCAUCCAGAGCUUCCAAGGGGAUUCAAAGACGACAAGUUCUGGGUAGGCUCCAUUGCAGAAACUAAGAAAGAAUCCUGUACUGACGUGUCCUUACAAAUAAGAGAUGUCCAGAGUUCUCUAGAGAAACAGGAUUCCCACAGCGAACAUCCUGAAAUUUCCGAUGCUGUCGAAGGGCACGUCGCCAGUAGAAUUCUGGACCGAGGUCAAGAGGCCUCUGAGCAAUCCAGGGAGGAAUCAAAAGAACAGAUUUUGCAGUCAGAUAUAACGAGCACAGCAGAUAGUAAGGGCGGAGACACGACUGAAGAUAUGGAAAUUACCAAAACAGAAGACACAACAGAACAUCCACAAACCCUAGAAGAAAAGGACUUAACAGAAACAAAACCUUUUAGUUCAAAAGUCACCUCCACCACGUCUGGAAUGGAGGUCUCCCGAUGCAGUCAGGUCGCCUCUGCACCUCUCUACACAAGCCCAUCCUGGUUGCCACUCGUUAUUAAACUCUCCAAUAUAGGAUUUGCUCAGUUGACAUUUAACUCUCAAUAUUCUGAAUCUCAAAAUCAUUCAACAGAACCGGUUUCUAUAUCACGAUUCCAAUCCAGAGCAACACAGAGAUGGGAGUUACACACCAUAGAGUCCAAUAUCACCUUCCAAGAGAACGUAAAGAAGCUGAAGAAUGAAGAAGGAGGAACUCGAGCAAGGUAG